AUGUUUUAUAGGGACAUUCCAUAGACAAUGAUUUUUAUACUGUACAAACUUUAUAUUCUAUCCCCUAACCCUACACCUACCCAUCACAGUAAACUUUCUGCAUUUUUACAUUUUCAAAAAAUCUCUUAUGAUUUAUUAAGCCGUUUUCUUCAUGGGGUCCAAAAAUGCCCCCACAAGGACAAGGAAUUCAGAUAAUGCCAUUUUUGUGAGGACAUUUUGUUCCCAUAAAGCAGGUAUUACCUGAACCACACACUCACACACACAGUAGAUGAUGACAAAGGAUCUAAAUAUUAAAACGGGAAUUGAGCAUGUUCUAUUUUGAUUUAAUUUAUAAUUAAUUUCUUUCUUUCUUGUUUUCACUUUCGGUUUUUUAGGUCUCUUAGGGUUUCCUUACCUCUUGUUUUGUGUUUAUUUACAACCACUAUAUAUUUCUUGGCAAAUGUCUACUCUGGAGCCACAAAAGACAGUGACUAAGAGACAAAAACAAGACAAUCACAGGCCACAUGGGACAGUAACUCGAGCAGGAAAAACGCUCCCGGAGCUUCAACAAGGCCUGGUUGUGUCUGUAGUGUAUUAAAACCUCUUGUGAACUCAGAGCCAGGUGAUUGGAGGAUGCUAAACCCGGCUAAUGCUGAGUGAAGUGGAUGAGCGUAAGACGCUGUGCAUGCUGUCUUGAGGAUCAAACGUGCACACACUCACACUCAUGUACUUUCACAUGCACACUCAGUCAAUGGGAUUUAGACUGGAGUCCUCCCUCCCUCCUUCUCUACUCUAAUCGCAGUGUUGUGGUUUUCUCGCUGUGGCUGUGUGGUUGUUUUCUCCUCCCUCUCAGGAAACUCUCUGUCUCUCUCUCUUCAUGGUGUAUAUAAGUAAGCUGUGGGUCGGCUUUUCAGCAGACAGAGAAAAACUAUGCUAGUGUACUGUAGAUGUAGAGAGGUGUGUGUAGUGUAUCGUCAGCCGUAUGUGACUGAGGCAGCGGCGUGGGAUCUACAGGAUGAUUGACAGUUGCCUGUGCUGAGUCACGUAGCAGAAUGCCCGGUGUGCCCUGCGGGGCUUUGAAACACCACACUGUGCCCGUAGCCUGUGCCAUCAUCUGUUCCUGGCUGUUGAUCCUGGUACAUUCUGCCUUUUGCCAGAAACCUGCAAAGCUGCCUCUGGUGGGCCGCAAGCCUUUCCUGGCAGCCUGGAAUGCUCCGCUGGAUAUGUGUACGUUGAAGUACAAUAUCAACGUCAGCCUCGAUCUUUUCCACAUCAGCGGCAGUCCACGAGCCGUCCACACGGGCCAGAAUGUCACCAUCUUUUAUGCCAACCGCCUGGGUUACUACCCUUUCUACAAUGAGCAAGGGGUUCCCAUCAACGGAGGCCUACCUCAGAACAGCAGUCUUGAAGCACAUCUUCACAAAGCCCGAAAAGACAUAGCACACUUCAUCCCUUCGGAAGACUUCAGUGGCCUGGCCGUGAUCGACUGGGAGUUCUGGAGGCCACAGUGGAAUCGUAACUGGCACAAGAAAGACAUUUACCGACAGCGUUCACGCGAGCUGAUUGCACAGGCCUACCUUAAUGUGACCGACGAACAGGUGGAGGAGCUGGCACGCUUGCGCUUUGAGAAGAGCGCCAUGGAGUUCAUGCGGGGCACGCUGCAGCUCGGUACACAAACUCGUCCACAUGGCCUCUGGGGUUUUUAUCUCUACCCUGACUGUCACAAUUACAAUGUACAUGCACACAACUACAGCGGCACAUGCCCCCUACUGGAGAGUUCUCGUAAUGACCAGCUGUUUUGGCUGUGGAACAGCAGCACUGCCCUUUUCCCAUCCCUCGCUAUACGCAAGAGCCACACAGACAGCAUUCGCAACCUGCACUUCUCGCAGAACAGGGUACUGGAGUCACUGCGACUGGCCUCCCUUACCUCAAUGCCCUAUGAACUACCUACAUACGUAUACACACGCCUGGGGUAUAGAGACGAGGCCAUGGCUUUUCUGACUCAGAAGGACUUGAUACAUACGAUAGGAGAAAGUGCUGCUUUGGGAGCUGCAGGAUUUGUCAUUUGGGGGGAUCUUAACCUCACUUCUUCAAGGCACAACUGUUCCAAAGUGAAGGCAUUUCUGAACCAUAGACUGGGUCAGUACAUUACUAACGUUACCCGGGCAGCAGAAGUCUGUAGCGACUUCCUGUGUCAGUCCAACGGGCGCUGCGUCCGUCGAGACCCACAGGCACCACACUACCUGCACCUGAGCCGCGGCAGCUAUCGGAUCUUGACCAACCGGAACGGCACCUUCACCGUGACUGGAUGGCACUCUCAGCACGAGCUCCAGUUGCUGUCCGACAGGUUCCGCUGUCACUGUUACCAGGGGUACGAGGGAGACCGCUGCAAUAGCAUAGAGCCAGAGGAGACCGAUGAGGACAACAUGAUAAAAGAGGACGUGGAGGAGGUGAAUACGAACGAACCGGAGGACCAAAAAGACAUGAGGGAUACUGCUGUGCCUUUACAAAAUACCUUCAUCCUCACUGCUCUACUCAUCUUGUUGAACUUCAGUUGUAUUUAGAGGUGAAGUGUGUAAUUUGUGCAUCAUCAGUUGGAACAAUAAUCGUUUUCAAAUGCGUUUCCCAAACACUCCCCCUUCUGUCAUUGGUCAAUCAAACAGAGAGCCCCGCCCCAAACUUACACCAUUGGUUAAGCCACUGUUACUGUGUUGGGCUGGACGGAUUCAGGUAACACUUUACAAUAAGGUUUCAUUAGUUAAAGGGAUAAUUCACCCAAAAAUGAAAAUUAUCCCAUGAUUUACUCAGCCUCAAGCCAUCCUAGGUGUACUUAAUCAUCUUCUUUCAGACAAACACAGUCUGAGUUAUAUUAAAUAAUAUUCUCGCUCUUCCCAUCUUUAUAAUGGUACUGAAUGGGGGGCGAGAUUUUGAAGCCAGGGGAUUAAUAAAGGGGUUCUGAAGCAAAGCGAUGGGUUUUUGUAAGAAACAUAUCCAAAUUUAAAACUUUAUAAACUAUAAUAACUAGCUUCCGUCAGACAGCCGUACACAUCGAUUUACGGCGGAAGAGUAAGAGAGGUAUCCCUUUAACAUUAGUUAAUGUAUUAACUAACAUGAACUAACAAUGAACAAAACAUUUGUUACAGUAUUUAUUAAUCUUUGUUAAUGUUAGGUAAUAAAAAUACAGUCGUUCAUUGUUUGUUCG